UUCUGUCGGUGACGUUAUCCAGCACAAAACAAAUAUGGUUACCACUUAGUUGAGUCGAAACGCAGUGAUAAUUAGUUUAAAUGUGAUUAUUAUAAUUUUUUAAAUGAAGGGCUGAACAGAUACACUAGGCAAGGGCUCAGAUCAUGGAAGCUGGUGCAGAUUCUGGACGCAAGCUGCGCUCCAUCUGCCGGACAAUGUACGACGAAAAUGAGGACUUCUCUGACGUUGAAGAAAUUGCAAAUGUCAGGGGUUUUAAUCUGGAGGAGAAACUUGUUAGCAAUUCGUACAACAGACAUUUCGUUCAGUUGAUGGACGGCAAAGAUUUCACUUAUGAGUAUGUUCAAAGAGAAGCACUUCAGACCCCUCUUAUUUUCAAAGCCAAAGAUGGACUGGGGCUCAGAAUGCCAGACCCGGAGUUCACUGUCAGUGAGAUUAAGGGUUUGGUUGGUAGCCGUCGUGCCGUUGAUGUGAUGGACGUGAGCACUCAGAAAGGCUCUGAGAUGAGCAUGGCCCAGUUUGCCCGCUACUAUGAGACGCCUGAGGAGGAGCGGGACAAACUCUUUAAUGUUAUCAGCCUGGAGUUCAGCCACACCAAACUGGAGAACCUCGUCAAGAGGCCCACUGUGGUGGAUCUAGUGGACUGGGUGGACAACAUGUGGCCCCUUAAACUGAAACAAAGACAAACUGAAGCCACUAAUGUCAUCUCAGAGAUGAAGUACCCCAAAGUACAGAAGUACUGUUUGAUGAGCGUGAAGGGCUGCUAUACUGACUUCCACAUUGAUUUCGGGGGCACGUCUGUGUGGUAUCACGUGUUCAAGGGAGGAAAGGUGUUCUGGCUGGUGCCUCCGACACCUCAUAACCUUGCCCUGUAUGAGGACUGGGUUCUGUCAGGCAAGCAGAGUGACGUCUUCCUGGGAGAUCGUGCAGAUGGCUGCCAGAGAGUUGAGCUAAAACAGGGCUACACCUUCUUCAUCCCCUCCGGCUGGAUUCAUGCAGUCUACACCCCCGAGGACACACUGGUGUUCGGAGGCAACAUUCUGCACAGCUUUAACAUUCCCAUGCAACUCUCAAUCUAUGAGAUAGAGAACAGGACUAAGGUUCAUUCCAAGUUCCGCUACCCGUUCUACAAUGAGAUGUGCUGGUAUGUCCUGGAGAGGUACGUGCACUGCCUGACCAAGCGCUCCCAUCUCGCUCCGGAGUUUCACAGAGAUCCUCUGCUAAUCGAUUUGGAGACGAAGUUGAGCACUGAGAGCCCCUCCUCUGACUCGCGGAGUCAGGACAUGGACGAGGAGGACUCCUGCGAGGCGCAGCAGGAACGAGAUGAACGGAGUGACAGGUCAGCAUUUGAUGACCCCUGCUCUCCUGAUAACAGGAAGGGUAAACCCAGCGCCCCUCAGCCUCUUAAAGCUGCCUUUGAUGAUAGCUGCAACCCCACCUCCAUCCAGCCUCCAGAGUUCCCCAAAACCCCCUCUGGUUCGCCAGGCUCAGAGUCUCAGAGUAAAUGGACUCAUUUGACUGAGUUUGAACUGAAGGGCCUUAAGGCCCUGGUGGAGAAGCUGGAAGCACUCCCCGAAAAUAAGAAAUGUGUCCCAGAUGGUAUGGAGGACCCCCAGGCCCUGCUGGAUGACAUGAAGGUUGUCUUGAAGGAACAUGAAGACGAUGAUCCCAAAAUGGCUGCCACUGGUGUACCUGUGGUGUGCUGGCCUAAGAAGUCUUCCAAGCAGCAGAGACCUCCCAACAGGCCCAAACCCAAAAUGGCGGCCUCGUCUCCUGCGCCUGCGGUCAAGCUGUCGGCCAGCCGGAGCACGUCUGGGGCCCGGAGAAGGAGGACGCGAUGUCGGAAGUGUGAGGCGUGCCUGAGGACAGAGUGUGGAGAAUGCCACUUCUGUAAAGACAUGAAGAAGUUUGGAGGGCCGGGUCGCAUGAAACAGUCCUGCAUCAUGAGGCAGUGUAUCGCGCCUGUCCUACCCCACACUGCGGUGUGUCUGGUGUGUGGGGAGGCAGGGAAGGAGGACACGGUGGAGGAAGAAGAGGACAAAUUUAACCUCAUGCUCAUGGAGUGCUCCAUCUGCAAUGAGAUAGUCCAUCCCCUCUGCCUAAAGGUGAAGAAUUCUGGUGGAGUUGUAAAUGAAGAGUUGCCAAACUGCUGGGAGUGUCCAAAAUGCAACCAUGCAGGGAAAACCGGGAAAGCUGUCAAGCAAAAAAGAGGACCAGGAUUCAAGUACGCGUCCAACCUUCCCGGGUCGCUGCUGAAGGACUCGCGAUUGAACCGUGACGUUAAGGAAGAGUCCGACCUGCCCAGUGUGCCAACAUCACCCACUGCAGUGAAGAGGAAGGCAGAGCGUGAUGACACCCCCAAGAGGAAAGCAGAGGAAUAUCCUCCUCUGAAGAAACGUUCUCCCAUGUUGUCUCUGGGCGGGCUACCUCAUCCCCGACCCAGGCCUGAGGACAACCCUCUGAGGAAGAAGAGGAAGCUGUUCGACAUCAAAGAUGAGGACGAACCUCCUGUUGUCAAGAAAAAGAAGAAGCCCCCAAAACCUGAUGACACCUUCACCUCCAAGCUCUUACGGCCCAUCAAGCAAGAGAAAGUUGAUGAGGACGAAGACCAUGAAGAUGACAGAUACCCAGGGGACAGGGUUGCAGCUAAAGGGAAAAGAGAAGAGGAGGAAGAUAAGGAGGAUGAUGAGGAGGAAGAAGAGGAGAAAGAUGGUGUAGAGGACAGUAAAGAUGGUAAAGUAAAGACUAUGCUGAGUCCACUGCUACGGACGUCUGCAGCCAGAGAGAGUGACCAGUCCUGCUCCAGCUCUCCCCGGGCAGGGCCCAGCAGUGAGGGGGGCGAUGCCCCAGACAAGACACUUGGCCAGCUGAAGGCACACCAGCGACGCCGCCUACCCAACAAAGAGCUGAGCAAGGAGCUGAGCAAAGAGCUCAACCUGGAGAUCCAGAAGACCGAGGACUGCUUGGCCAAUCAGAACCGCAGACCACUGAAGGGGGAGAACAGCCCAACCAAUAACAACCGUCGACCACUGAAGACUGAGGACUCCUCUAUCAAUCAGAACCGCAGACCACUAAAAACAGAGGACUCCCCCACCAAUCAUAACCGCAGGCCAAUUAAGACAGAGGAUGGCCUAUCCAAUCACAACCGUCGACCAUUGAAGACAGAGGACUGCUUGUCCAAUCAGAACCACAGGCCAAUGAAGACAGAGCCUGAGAGUGACGGGGAGGAGCCUAAGCCUAAACGGCCACUCGACAACGGCAGCAGUGACCUCGGAGACUGGCUCCACCCCAGGGGGCGGGAGGUGAAUGGGACGCCCCGCCAGCUCUCGCCCCUGGGGUGGAACCGCAGCCCUCCGAUCACACCUAUUUGCCCGCGCCCCCCUCCCUGCCACUCACCGCCCAAGUGUGUACAGAUGGAGCGUCACGUGAUCCGGCCGCCUCCCAUCAGCCCCCCACCAGACAGACUUCCACUGGAUGACGGACAGGCCCACGUGAUGCGCAGGGAGGUGUGGAUGGUCGUGUUCAGCCACCUCGCACACAGAGACCUGUGUGUCUGCAUGCGUGUCUGCAAGACCUGGAACAGAUGGUGCUGUGAUAAGAGGCUGUGGACGCAGAUCGAUCUGAACCGCUGUAAGUCCAUCACUCCCCUCAUGCUGAGUGGCCUCAUCCGCAGACAGCCUGUGGCUCUGGACCUCAGCUGGACCAACAUCUCCAAGAAGCAGCUCAGCUGGCUCAUCAACAGACUGCCAGGUCUGCGGAUGCUGCUGCUCUCAGGCUGCUCCUGGGUGGCUGUGUCUGCCCUCUGCACCGCCAGCUGCCCGCUGCUGAGGACCCUGGACGUCCAGUGGGUAGAGGGUCUCAAAGACGCCCAGAUGAGGGAUCUGCUCUCACCCCCCACAGACAACAGACCAGGUCAGCUGGACAACAGGAGUAAGCUGCGAAAUGUGGUGGACCUGCGUCUGGCCGGGCUGGACAUCACGGACACCUCUCUGCGCCUCCUCAUCCGCUACAUGCCCCAGCUGACCAGACUGGACCUGAGCUACUGCAACCACGUCACUGACCAGUCAGUCAACAUCCUGACCGCUGCAGGGACCACCACCAGAGACUCGCUCACUGACAUCAACCUCUCCGUGUGCAACAGAGUCACGGACCAGUCCCUGACUUACUUCAAGCGCUGUGGAAGCAUCUGUCAUAUUGACUUGCGAUACUGCAAGCAGGUGACCAAAGAGGGCUGCGAGCAAUUCAUUGCUGAGAUGUCAGUGAGUGUACAGUUUGAACUAGUAGAGGAGAAACUACUGCUGAAACUCAGCUAGUGGACAAACAGCAGGUUGACGAAGACUGUACAGUAUGCACUGGCUAGCUAGGAAACUCGUCAGAAUAAGGAACUGGCAAGGGUGAUGUUAUCACCAUGGAGACGGUGUUGUAUUUCACACACCUCUGUGCAAAAACACAACCCACAUUGGAAAUGGCAAAGGACAUUUUAAAAGUGACUGUUGCCCUGAUACUCAUUGAAUGGCUCUUGUGCUGCUGAAGCAAGAAUGUUUUCCAAAACAGGAUGUUCAACAUGUAAGGCAGGACACCUGGCUGUACUGGAAAUUUGACAGAGCAUGUUUUUUUGUUUUUUUUCCUUUGUCUUUGCUAAGAUAUUGAAGUAUUUAUUUUUUCUUUCUGCAAGUGAACUCUAUACAUGCAUACAUACAGUGGGGCAAAAAAGUAUUUAGUCAGCCACCAAUUGUGCAAGU